AUGAAUGACUUCACCAACACCAUCACCACCCUCCUCCACCUCCAACACAAACAAAUACCUCUCAUUCUUCCCCUCAACCACCAGUGUCUCACUUCUAUCAAAACCCUAACACCCCAUAUCACCUGUCUCGCAGUCCACCGUAACCUUCUCUACGCCGCAUCUCUUAACCUCAUCAACGUCUUUGAUCUAUCCUCCAAUUACACCCUCAUCGACACCUUCAACGAAACCUCCACUUCAGGUUUCGUGAAAUCCAUCACGUUUACCGGUUCAAGAGUCUUCACUGCUCACCAAGACUGUAAAAUUCGUGUCUGGCAUAUUACAUCCUCAAAACGACACUGUCUUGUUUCUUCUCUGCCUACCUUCAAAGACCGGUUGCGCCGCUGCAUCGUUCCAAAAAAUUAUGUCACCGUUCGACGUCACCAGAAGAGUCUUUGGAUCAAACAUAAUGAUACGGUAUCUGGUUUAGCAGUAAACGAGAAAGAGAAACUCAUGUAUUCUGUUUCUUGGGAUAAAAGUUUUAAGAUUUGGGAUUUGUCUUCCGGUUAUUACCGGUGUUUGGAGUCUUUUAACGCGCAUGAUGACGCCAUUAACGCUGUUGUUGUUUCAGAUGACGGUACUAUUUACACGGCUUCGGCUGAUGGGUGCAUCAAGGCUUGGAAGAUGGAUAAUAAGGUGAAACGGUAUUCUUUUGUAAGUCUAGGGAAGCAGAAACCAACUGUUAAUGCUUUGGCAAUGAACGGAGAUGGUACGGUUUUAUUCUCCGGCGGGAGUGACGGGACGGUAUGCCGGUGGGAGAAUAAUAACAAGUGUGAGGAAAACAACGUGGUGUUGAUGGAAACGUUGAGGGGUCAUGGUGGGGCGAUACUUUGUUUGGUUAACGUGAAUGAAUUGUUGGCGAGUGGGUCAGCGGAUCAUACGGUGAGGAUUUGGCAGAGGGAAAGAAGGGGUGACGGUGGUUAUUGUUGUAGGGGAGUGUUGGAAGGACAUGAAAAACCGGUGAAGUCGUUGGUGGUAAUUUCAGGUGGUGGUGAAGAGGAUGAUGGACUGGACGGGGAUGGGGUGGUUACUCUUUUUAGUGGAAGCCUUGACGGGGAAAUUAGAGUGUGGGAAGUGUUUGGUUUGACUUAA